AUGGGUAUUCUGAUUCAUGGGGAUGGUAGCUUUGCAGGGCCAGGUGUGGUCUAUGAGACCCUGCAUCUAAGUGCUCUUCCUAAUUACACUACUGGUGGGACCAUACACAUUGUGGUGAAUAAUCAAGUGGCCUUCACAACUGAUCCGAAGGUGGGAAGAUCUUCACAGUAUUGUACCGAUGUUGCCAAAGCCUUAAAUGCUCCCAUUUUCCAUGUCAAUGGUGAUGAUAUGGAAGCAGUUGUUCAUGCAUGUGAACUUGCAGCAGAGUGGCGUCAGACUUUCCACUCGGAUGUAGUGGUUGACAUAGAUUAUUAUCGUCAGUUUGGGCAAAAUGAGAUUGAUGAACCAUCUUUCACUCAGCCGAAAAUGUAUCAGGUCAUUCGGAAUCAUCCCUCAGCACUUGAGAUUUACCAGAAGAAACUUUUAGAAUGUGGUCAGGCGACUAAAGAAGACAUAGAUAGGAUUCACAACAAGGUCAACACAAUUUUGAAUGAGGAAUUCUUAGCGAGCAAAGAUUAUGUCCCACAAAGAAGGGACUGGCUUUCAGCAUUUUGGCUUGGAUUUAAGUCCCCUGAACAGCUUUCACGUAUCCGUAACACUGGGGUAAAACCUGAGAUUUUGAAGAAUGUUGGGAAAGCAAUAACAAUCCUUCCAGAUACUUUUAAGCCUCAUAGAAUUGUGCAGAAGAUUUUUACAGAUCGUGCAAAGAUGAUUGAAACCUGUGAAGGCAUUGACUGGGCGGUUGGAGAAGCACUUGCUUUUGCUACAUUACUUGUAGAAGGUAAUCAUGUCAGAUUGAGCGGUCAGGAUGUUGAGAGAGGGACUUUUAGUCAUCGACAUGCUGUAGGUCAUGAUCAGGAGACUGGGUAA